CUUCCCGACCUAUUUGAAUCGACCUUGGUUGAAGUGCGUUGCGUGAGCGUGAGCCACGGGUACCACUUACACCUUCGUCCGGAACGAGUCAAAACGCAAACUGCGCAAAGCGAAGACGCUUCCUACGGAAAACAUCCUGGUUUCGGGCAAGUACGAAGGACCACGUGACGUGGCAGUGUGACGUGCCUGCUCAGAGGACAUCGCCCCCUUCGCUCGCCGGACGGAGUAUAACGAAAAGGACGAUCCUUUCGCCUGCGGCACAGCCGACGUCGCGAGGAAGUGUGGCGGCAGCUAGCAACGUCGUUUGCUGCUUGCGCAACGAAGUAGCAAGCCCGUAGCCAGCCGGGGACCAAAGGGCGCUCGGUUGCACCGGCGUCCAGUCAGCGAGCCCGGCUAUCAGCGAGCCGCGCCCCCAGCUCGAAGGAGGCCCAGACAUGCCGGCGUCCCCCGCCGCCGCAGCGGCAGCGGCAGAGGCCGGUCAGCCGCACGCCGGCACGCAUCUCAAGCAUCAGCAGCAGCAGCAGCAGCCGCAGCAGCAGCCGGAGCUGUGGGAGCAUCACCAGCAGCAGCCGUUGUGGGAGCGGGUGGACGAGGCGUGCGGUCGCCUGGCGACGACCAUGAAGGGCCGCCGGUGUGUGCUCGUCGUGCUCCUCGUGCUCAUGCUCGCCGUCAGCCUAGCGCUCAUCGGAGCGUUCGCCGUGCCACGACAUCGGCGACAUGAUGACGAUACGGGCACUCUCUACCUGACUCCUCUCGUGGAAAGCAAGGGGGCGACCGAGGCCAGGCAACUCAGCGUGGUGCCCGCGUUCUCCGACAAGGGCACGGGAGCUGAGUCCCACGCGGGCCUGGUCACCGUCAACGAGACACUUCAGAGCCACCUCUUCUUCCUGCAUGUGCAGGCCAGGAAAAAUCGUGUCGAAGCCCCCCUGUUACUUUGGCUCCAAGGGGGUCCCGGAAGCUCCUCUCUGUUCGGACAUUUCCUUGAGAACGGGCCAGUCGCCAUUGAUGCCAACGGAAAGCUGUACCCGAGGGAGAGCACCAUGUGCGAAUACACGAACGUGAUUUACCUCGACCAGCCCGUGGGAGCCGGUUUCAGCCGGACCAACGACAUCAAGGGUUACCCGACGAGUCUGGAAGAGAUUGCGCGGGACAUCCAUGGAUUCCUGGUGCAGUUCUUCCGGCUGUUCCCGGAGUACAAAGGGCGCGACUUCUACGUUGCUGGCGAGUCCUACGGAGCUAGAGCCGCCGCAGCUUUGGCCAUUAGAAUGCAUGCAAACCCAGACCUUCCGGUAAACUUGCGAGGCAUCAUCAGCGGCGUCGGUUUCCUGGGACCUGCAGUGGACUUGUUUGACCAGUCCGACUACUACCACCAGUUGAGCCUGCUCGACUACCAGGGCUGGAAAGCGUACACCACUCGCAUGGAGACCAUCAGGCAGAUGGUCACCGACAACCGCACGCUGGAGGCUCUGCAGCUGCUCUUCAAGACCGCCUUCGUGUCCACGGGCGAGGGAAGCGCACCGACCAUGUUCCAGCGGCUUUCCGGCUACAAGUACGACGGAAACGCGCUACAGAGCGUCGAACCGGCCGAGUUCGCCGCCUACAGGGACUACGUAGCCAGCGAAGUCUUCAAGGAUGCCGUGCACGUUGGUCGCAACGCCUUGUUCCUGCGCGAACCCCUCAUCAACCUGCAGCUGAGCGAGGACUACCUGAGGAACAUCUCGGACAUCGUGAGCACACUGAUGGACAACUACCGGUUUCUGGCGUACGCGGGUCAGCUGGACCCCAUCUUCUCGGCGGCGCGAAUCGAAGAGUACUUCCGGAGCGUCGAGUGGGGCCGAGCCGAACAGUUCAGGCACGGCCGUCGCAUGCCCUUCUACGCGGGGCCAGAGGAGGCAGGACUUUCUGGAUACGUGACGUCGGCGGGCAAUUUCUCAUUCGUAGUUGUCGCCAGGGCGGGACACUACCCGGGUUUCGACCAGACGCGUACCGUCGACGAGAUGAUGCGACGCUUCCUGAUGAACAAUCUGACGCGGCACGCUUAAACACCGAGCCGUUCGCGGAACAAAGUGCCUGGCGUCAACAGCCUACAGAGACAGGCCGAGAAGUGACCGAGGUGGUAUGGCUGCAGGGUGGGCAUGCUUAAUCAACAAUCGAUGUGACAACGAAGUGACAGUGCCACGUAUUGGAUGCUGGCUUGGGACAAUACUGCCAAUGCCUUCGUCGUUUCCUUUUGCGGCCCUCGUUACUGCGUUUCGGUGAGUGCGCCAAACGCUAUGGCAGAAACGAGCAAGAACCAUACGCAACAACCGCCAAUGUGCGCAGCCUACCAAGCUGCGAAACUGUCAUCCAUCUCGAUGCAUAGAUCCUGUGCUUACGCGGUGGCGUGCAAAACUUUAUCGAGAAUGUGGCUUUCUCGGACUCCAGUGUAAAUUCUCUGAAAGACAUUCUGUUCCCGAGUGCUCGUGCAUCUCGCCAGAACCAUGUACAGAGAACUGCUCUCACCGUUCUUUUUAAGUCAACUACUCCAUAGACUCGGCUGCGAAGGUGCCUUCGUGCCAAUAAUAACUUCUUCAGCUUUGUGCAUAUCAGUGAUUUUAGUCGCCUGCAUCUGCCUUUGUGUGCGUAUUUUACGUUGUUCCGAUGCAUUGAUUUUACACUGCUCUGCAGUAUAUCAAGCCUGUACCUUUUUUUCUCCAUCUAUCUCGUGGUAUGAUUUUUUGUUUCAACAUGUUUAACGUAGUCAACA